CCUACGAUUGAAUUAUCGCGCGAAGUGACCGCGGGCGUCUUCACCGAGUCGCAGCACGCGUGUCGCGGCACCUUUCGAAAGCUCUGUCCCGCUCGCCAAGCGACACUGCAAUUUCCGCCUUCAAUCCCAUUUGACAACAUUUUAUAUCGCAUCACUUGCAUCUGUCGCCUCGUAGCGGGGAGAGCCCCGCCACGCGCAGAAAACCGCAACCCCGUUUGCGCUUACACGCGCAUGCGGAAGCGGCCCCGGCAGAGCGCUUCCCCCGAGCCGCCAAGCCUAAAGCUUGCUGCUCACUGCGCCGGACCUGACAGCGGCAGCCCCAUUGAUCCUGCUCGGCCCCCGAGUGAGAGGCACCCUGCCGGCGCCAGCGCUGCGCCACUCCCGACCUCCGCGCCGUGCCCCACAGGUGUGCAGGUGUUGGCAUCAAGGGCACGCGCCGCCGUCGCGGCCAUUGCUCGCGCCCAGGCCUCAGGCGACUGGGCCGCCCUUGCACGGGAGCAGCAGCAGCAGCAGCAACAAAAAGAGCAGCAGCACCACCACCACCACCAUCAACACCAGGAUCCGCAACAGCGGCUGGGAGUCCUCGGCGCCUUGCAGUCCAGCGUGCCAGUAGUGCCGACGCCAGCGGCGCGGCUGCACCUGACGGCCGGCGGGGCAUCCGCCGCAAUGGCGCCGCGCAGCUCUGACGCUGCCGCCGCCGCAACACCCAAGCCUGCGGCCACGUCUAAAGCCGGAGUCGGCAGCGCCGCUGCCGCCGCUGGUGGUGGUGACGUGUCGCCGGCGGCCGCGGGGGCGUCAGAGGGAGGCCGCGGCGAGGGCAGCUGCCUCAGUGCUUUGCUGCUGCAAAGGGCUGCCGCCGCCGCCACGGCCUCCUCAUCCGCCUCGGGCCGGCGUCCGGACCACUUCCUGGCGCUGCAGCUGUCACAGGCGCCGGCCGUGACGGCGGCCAUUGACCGGGUCCAGGCGGGUAUGGUCGCGCACCACCCCGGCCUGUCCGAGUUCUGUGAGCCGUCCGUGAAGGCACAUCUCACACUCCUGGUCAUGGAGCUACUGCCGCCGCCGCCGGCCGGAGGCGGCAGUAGCAGCAGCCGCGGCGGCGGCGGCGGCGGCGGGGGCGGCGGCCGCGGCGGCUGGGGGGGAAGGAAUGGAGGCGCCGAGCGUGAUCGGUGGUGGCGCAGGGGCGACGCCGGCGGCGGGGCGGCAGCCACCGCAAGCACGGCGCCGGGAGGCACGGCUGCGGGCGAGGAGGCAGCGGCGGUAGCCGCGGGGCGAGCGGCAGCAGCAGCAGCAGUAGCAGCAGCACCGGAGCCGCCGUGGCGGCUGGCGGCGGCGCUGGCCCUGCUGGCGGAGAUGCCGGCGGUGCUGCGGGGCCGCGGCGUGUGUACGCCGCUGGACCUGCGGCUGCGCGGGCUCAACUCCUUCGGGGGCCGGGUUUUGUUUCUGGAGGUGGAUGGCGGCGGUGCCAGGGGCGAGGGCGACGCCGGCGGCGCAGCAGCAGACGCUGGCGGCGCUGACGGCGAUGAUAGUGCCGGCGGCGGGCGGGAUGCGGUGAUGGCGCUGCAGGCGGCGGUGGCGGCGCACUUCCACCCGCUGAGGUACGAUGAGGGUGACCGGCCCUUCGCGCCCCACGUCACCAUUGCCAAGUACGCCUACAAGCCACCGCAGCGGGGUGGGGGCGGCGGCGGCGGCCGCUGGCGAGGCGGCGGAGGCGGAGGAGGAAGAGGCGGCGGCGGCGGCGGCGGCAGCGGAGGCGGAGGAGGAAGAGGCGGCGGCGGCGGCGGCGGCAGCGGAGGCGGAGGAGGAAGAGGCGGCGGCGGCGGCAGUGGAGGCGGAGGAGGAAGAGGCGGCGGCGGCGGCAGCGGAGGCGGGGGCCGCUGGCGCGGCGGCAAAACGGCGGCGGCCACAAUGGAGGCGGGUGCUGCUACUGCCGCGCCUGACGCGAUUGCUACAGCCGCCACUGCUACAGCCACGGUCACGGACGAGUACGGGAACCGCAUCGUCACGGUGUCGGGUGCCGUCGCGUCACCCAUCUCGGCUGUAGCAGGCCCGCCGGCGGCGCCUGCCACGCCCGUGCCGGCAGCAGCAGCAGCAGCAGCAGCAGCAGCAGGGGAAGGGGAGGGAGGGGCGGCUGUAGCAGGCCAGGGGCUGCGGAGCAUCCCGCGCGAGUCGUACGAGGCCUUCAUGGACAUUGACGCGGGCCGUGUGCGUGUGGACCGGGUGCAGUUGUGCUCCAUGGGCGGCCGCGCGCCCGGACACUACUACCGCGUGCUCGCCUCGGUGGCGCUCACACAGCAGCCGCAGGAGGGGCGGGAGGGGCAGGAGGGGCGGCAGCAGGAGGGGCGGCAGCAGGAGGGGCGGCUGGAGGGGCAGCAGCAGGAGCAGGAGGAGGAGGAGGAAAGGGAAGAGGCAGUAGAGGGGCAGCUGUCGCGUGUGUAUGGUGGUGGCGGUGGCGGCGGCGGCGUGCUGCACUCGCGCCUGCACGCCUACCUGCAUGACCCGGCGGUGGAGAUCAGUCCGGAGGCGGCGGCGGCGCUGGCGGCGGCGGCGGCGGCGCUGCAGCGGGAGGGCGCGCAGGCGGAGGCGGCGGAGGCGGAGGCGGGGAGGGCAGGAGGCGCAGGCGCUGUGGCGGAGUGAUGGGCGGGCGGGGAGGACUGGGAGGGCGGCGCGGGCGAGGGAAAGAAGCAGCGCCGCGGCAGUCCGCCGCACUGCGUCGGGAUGUAGCGUCAGCAGAAGCGAGCGAGCUUGCAGCGGGCUUAAGCGGGUCGUCAAGGAGCGAGGCAGGAGCUCGGUGGCGGCGUCAAGCAGGGGCGGGCAAGCGCAGACUUCGCGGCGGCACCUAGCGACUGCAUUCAGCGGUCGUCGGCUGGAUGCAGCGCUGCGCGUGCCGUGUUGCAGUUUGAAGGAGCAGACGGUUAUGUGCUCGACGUGACUUUGUUUUCGAUGCGGGUUUGUGAGGCGAGAGAGCGCUAGCUGGGGAGAGGACGCCACUCCUUGCUCCGGCGUUUCCACACCGCCGGCAUGCGCCGAGUUACUUCGCGAACUAGCCUUGCACGUAACAUUUAUCGGUUUGCAAAUAUGCGUAAUGCGCUGGCGCAGCUGCGCGGCCGAGGGGCGUAACCCGGGCGGAGCCAAGGCCGUACGUACGGGAAAAGGUGUGGGGCCGCAGCCGGUUUUGACAGGUCCGGGAGUGAUGGCGCUAUUGGACCGCGGACUCCGGCGAUCGCUUGUCGAGCUCUGCAUUCUUAUGAAGCUGAGUUUCGUGCUACUAAUCGCAAUUGGCUUUGGCGGUUGUAUUGAAACAUUGAAGGAUUGCUGCACGGGCGAACUUUGGCACCCUACCCCUUCCCCGCAUAAAUGCAUAGAGCAGCACUCUGACAGUGCUGUAGCUUGGUAGCGUCGGAAGUGGCUUUAUGCUGCAGCAUUGGCAGGGACUGGCAGCAGACUUGUGCUGAGGCGUAAAGCUAGGCAGGAUCGUGAGCCCCCUACCG